GGGGCGGGUUCUACGAAGGCCCAGCAUACGUAUGUAGGUGAAGUUUGGGCUUUUUAAAUAGUUUAUAUUUUAUUCCAUGAGUAACUAGGUCAUAGUGUUAUUAUCAUUUUUCUUUUAAAUAUAAUUGUGUACGUUGAAAUAUGUUAUUCUACUUUAAUUAACUGUCAAUUGUUCUCACAGAAAUGGUGGCAAAAACGAACCAUCUCUCAGUUAGCUAGCACACAUUAGCGAACUAGCAAGAGAAACCAGCUAUAGCUUCCUAGCUAGUGACGUUAGUGUAUACCAUUGAAAAUAGCUAGUUAAUUAACGUUACUGGAUGUGAAGAUCCAGCAACGUAUGAAGGAGCGUUGCAGGCCGUUAUCAAACCCGAAUAUUGUUUCUAUUUUUGAACAGCUGUUUACAAUGGACCUUCCACAGCAUGGUUACAGAGCAAGUGCAAAGCCAAGAGCUCGUGCAGGUCCCCACACCGGGGACCCUCUCCUCUUUGCAGAUACCAGUUCUGCAGCGCCACCAAUGAACAAUCAGGGUUAUUACACUCCUGGAUACAGCAUUGGAGGGGCUCCAGUUGGAGGACCAGCGGAUGCUGGGGUCAACAACCUGUUUGCUGACCCAAUGGCCAGUGCAGCCAUGAUGUAUGGCUCUUCCCUGGCCAACCAGGGAAAGGAAAUUGUUAACAAGGAGAUCAGCAGGUACGUGUCUGUGAACAAGCUGAAGUACUUCUUUGCCGUCGAUUCCAAAUAUGUAAUGAAGAAACUACUGCUCCUCGUGUUCCCGUACACACAUCAGGACUGGGAAGUUCGUUACCACAGGGACACUCCUCUCACACCCAGGCAUGAUGUGAAUGCGGACGACCUUUACAUACCUUCAAUGGCUUUCAUCACCUACAUUUUGCUAGCUGGGAUGGCCCUUGGCAUUCAGAAGAGGUUCAGUCCAGAAGUCCUUGGUCUGUGUGCCAGCACUGCUUUGGUGUGGGUCGUCAUAGAGGUCUUGGUCAUGUUGCUGUGUCUCUACAUUCUCUCUGUUCACUCUGACUUGUCCAUUUUUGACCUCUUUGCAUACAGUGGAUACAAAUAUGUGGGACUAAACGGCAUUUUGAUCACCACAUCAGGUCCGCUCUCUCAAAAUGAAGAUUCUGUCGUCUCUCUCCCAUGACUCCAUGGGGGCUGGAGCGACAGCCAAACCAAGACUCCGCCUGUACAUCACCGUGGCCACCGCAGCCUUUCAGCCAAUCAUUAUCUACUGGCUCACCUCGCAUCUGGUCAGGUGACCUGGUACAGGGUCUGACCCUGAGGGUCAUUAUUAUCGAACUAAAAAAAUAAAAAAAUGUUGAUGCUUUCUACAAACUUGGCUCUUGCGAGUGUCAUUUACCUACAUACCAGCUCAUCUGCCAGGGAAAGCGGGAUGAUGGAUAUCGAGCUGUAUCUUGUGUUCAGCUUGUGGGUUAAAGCUUAAAAUGAACAUUUUAGUUUUUACUUCUGUAGGUGAGACUUUUGUAUGCAAGACAUCACUUGUCACAAUGAGUGUUUUACAGACAGUCAUUUUUGGCCACCAUAAAGAAAGAAGGGCUUUGUAUUCAUGAAAUUGGAAUUUAUGGUUAUGAUAAACCUUUGUCACACUCCAGUUCUUCCUCUAAAGUUUCCUGCGUAUGUUGUCCGUUUGGGCUUAACAGAAAUGUUGCAAUGUGGUUAAAUGGAAAAUUAUUUAUAUUUUUUUAUUUAUUUUACCUGGUAAGUUGACUGAGAACACAAUCAUUUACAGCAACAACCUGGGGAAUAGUUACAGGGGAGGAGGGGGGACUUGGAGGAUGUGCUAUCAGUGCCCUCUUCUGCAUUUUAACCUAUGUUAAUCCCUCCUUUUUAUUAUUUAUCUAAACUUUGUGGAGCAUGAACCAUUUUGAUUAUUUUUGUAAAAAAUAAAAUGGAAUAUAAUUUUA